AUGGCGUGUGGAUCUAUUGGGACUCAGCGUGCCAUUGUCGAAGAAUGCUUCAAAUGGGCAGUCCAACGGAAAGUGUUCGGCAAGCCGCUUAUAUCACAGGCUGUCAUUCGUUCCAAAUUGGCGGCGAUGAUCUCUCGAGUAGAGAGCGGUCAGAAUUGGCUCGAGAAUGUAACAUAUCAGAUGACGAAGAUGAACAACGCGCAACACGCUGCUCUUCUAGCGGGUCAAAUUGCAUUCCUCAAGAUGCACGCUUCGAGGGCGGGUCAAGACACAGCUAGGGAUGCAGUGCAGGUUCCUAUACCCCAAACUACGAACCCAUGA